AUGGUCGCUUUCAUCAGCUUGGUCGUGUCUGCCAUCCUGUGCAUGUUCUCACAAACAGCUGAGGCCACCCCUGGGUCAGACUUUGCAUCACUUAUUCCGCGCCUCCUCCCUCAACAGCUUGCCGCUCGACAAGACACGGUCAAUGUCCCAGACAUUCCCGAACAGUGUAAAAGCGCGUGCAGUGGCCUUGAGAACCUGGAGACGACUUGCGCGUCGAAUAGCGAUCCCGCCAAGUGUCUGUGCAACGACUCAGUAUCUGACGCCUUUGGAUCGUGCCUGAAUUGCGCACUGGAGCAAAACAAAUCAGACUCCGCGAAAAGCCUUGCACAAACGACUUUCGAUAAGUAUGCGGACCUCUGCAAGGAGGCUGAUUCGCCAGUGAAGAGCCAGAAGCUUACUGGUUCAAGCAACAGUGCCAUGGGCGUAGUACCAGGUGUAUUGGGUGUGGCAUCGCUCGCAGCAAGCGCGCUAGCUAUUAUGCUCUGA